AGAGAUAAGAGGGAUACUAGACAGACAUAUAUAUCUUUUUGAUGGGACUGACACUAAACUCUUUGCUCUCUCUCUCUCACGCACAUAUGGGGUAUGCUUUUCAUCUGCAGUAGCUUGAGUACCCAAAAUUCAACAAAAAAUAGUACUUUUUAAGUGCGUUUACCUGCUUUUUCUCUGACCUACCAGCAUCCCAUCUCUCUCUCUCCAUGAUCUUCUUAUCUCCUUCCACUUUCUUUUAGCUCCUCUCCUUCUGUGGUAAAAAAAAUAUAGGAUACCCUCAACUCUCCAGCUUGUUUUGCCUCCUGAUAGGCAUACUCAUCAGGCAAAUAGAAGCACUGAAACUGAGGUGGAGGUAGUCCUCUUACAUGUGUUACAGAGGAGGUAUUUUAACAGCUUAAUCUUGCAGUGGCUCUUGUCCUAGGUGAUUUUGAAUUUCUGCUUCUCUAACCCCGGUUUCAACACUAGAGGGUUGUGAAAAGGAGGUGAAGAUUUAAAUCACCACUGUGAGCAUUUGAAUCAAUCAACCCUGCCAUUGCUCACGAGAAAAAAUUCAAGCUUGACUUGGCUGUUCUACCCAACAUGAAGCGGUCAAGUUUCAACCUCGAGUCUGAAGAUGAGUCUGAAGUGAGCAGCCAAGAAAUCUCCCCUGAUCCCUCCAAGGACAGCACUGCCACUUCUUCGUGCCUCACAAAUCCAAUAAACGCUCCUCAACUACCUGAUGCCCAGCCUAUUUCCCUUGACUUAACUCUCCACCUCAAUGCCAGUGACACGGAAUUGAAGGGCAUACCCGACACUAACAAUGAAUUAGCAGCUCCUGCUCAUGCUCCAGCAGCACUACCGCGAGUGUUUUCGUGCAAUUAUUGUCGGCGCAAGUUUUACAGCUCACAAGCACUGGGCGGGCACCAGAAUGCACACAAGAGGGAGAGGACAAUGGCAAAGCGGGCAAUGCGGCUUGGAGUUUUGUCUGAUAGAUAUGCCAGCUUGGCAUCUCUGCCACUUCACGGUUCUGCAUUUCGGUCCCUUGGGAUGGAGGCUCAUGCCUCAAUGCACCAAAGAAUGCUGCCAUCAUCUGCAAGGCCUCCUUUGCCCGAGGCAAGAGGUGGAGCAAGGUUCGAACAAGGCUAUUUCGGGUUGCCAGUAUUUGUGGAAGAUGACGAUGCAGAGCUGUUUUGGCCUGGGAGUUUUCGCCAAAUUGGUGAUGGAGUUACUAGUAAUAUGGGUUUCAACUCAGGACAAAGUUCAAACAUAAAUUUUGUAGCUGUGGCUCCAGCACCAAGGACAGAUCGCUCUUCUUCACCUGAUCUUACUUUGAAGCUGUAAUUCUCUCUCUCUCUCUCUCACUCUCUUUAACUUGAAUUCUCAACGCCAUGUUCUCCUAAAUUUGCGACACAAUCCGGUGUUAUCUUUGUACAGUGAGAUAAGAUUAGCGAUUGCAGUGAGAGCUUUUUAGGAAAAAAAUUCCUCUUGUUUGCCCCCUCUUUUUUUUUUCUUCUUCGGUGCCCGGUUGAGUAAUGCUUUUGCUGCUACUGUAUAAGAAGAAGUCUGGGGAUGAUAUUAAUUUUUGUAGAUUGGAGAUUUGGGUUAUUGUUAAUUUUAGAGUAUGUUUCUGAAUUAAUAUAUGAUGUUUUUCAUUGUAUUUUAAUCUCCUUUCCAAA